UCUAUAAAAGUCCCAGCAGAACAGCUGGACAAGUAUGUCUGAAAGAGACUUAACAUCAUAUGGGAAACAGAUUGUCAUAGGACAGCUAUCCAAAGAUGAUGCAGUGUUUGAAAGUUGUAGCAGUCAUCUUCGCUUGUUCGGUCCUUCUGACGCAGACACACUGUGCCUCUCUGCAUCCACAAAAUUCUCAGCUAUUAAGGCCAAAGAGAAUGACACCCUUCUGGAGAGGAAUCUCAAGACCAAUUGGAGCAGCGUGCAGGGAUAACAGUGAAUGUGCCACAAGACUAUGCAGAAACAAACACUGUUCUUUAAGAGUAUCGCAGGAGUGAUUGUUCACUAAGGUGAAGAAACUGCUGCUGCUUUUGAUAAUGCUCCUCCCAGUUUAUUUAUUAUCACCUCUCCUGACAUCUUGUUCUUAAAGAUUUUCAAUGAAAGCUUCUGUUGCAUGGACGGCUACAAAGGACUUCAACGUGUCAGAAGCAUAUUUUAAUUUAGGCUACAUCUUUCCAUCAUCAGUCCUUUAGAGGAAGCUAAAGUAGCUUAAACCGAUCUUAUUUUUUGUACUGUUUAUCAUGUUUUUCUAUGCAAGACAUUAAAUAGCUGUUAAGCAAACACAC